AUGGAAAGGGCCACCACGUCGGCCUCGUCGGAAGGGGAAUUUCGAUUUAAGGUGGUGCUAUUGGGCGAGGGAGCCGUGGGGAAAUCGUCGCUGAUGCUGCGAUAUGUCGAGGACAAAUUCUCACCAAGACACGUCUCAACUAUUCAGGCAUCAUUCCUGUCGAAACGCCUCGAUCUUGGCGAUAAUCACGUAGAUUUGGACAUUUGGGACACCGCGGGACAAGAGAAAUAUCACGCGUUGGGACCGAUUUAUUAUAGAGGCAGUCACGGGGCACUUUUAAUCUACGACAUCACCGAUAAGCGAUCUUUCGAAAAAGUGAAAAUCUGGGUGCGCGAGUUGCAGAGAGCAUUAGGAGAGACGGCCGUGCUGAUCGUUGUCGGCAAUAAAUUGGAUUUGGAAUCGGAGAGGACAGUCGACAGGACGGAGGCGAUACAAUACGCGAAAAGUGUGAACGCUGAAUAUGUGGAAACAUCAGCAAAGGAAAAUCUCGGUUUAGCGGAUCUCUUUGAGAAGAUUUCUUCGUUGAUGAUCGAUAAAUGGGAGAAAACGAGGGAAAUCUCGGGAAGAACAUCGCAGAAUUCGUCGUCAUCAAAUGGCUCGCGAAGGGGCAUUCAAUUGGUGGAUGAGCAAAACGACGCCGCACAAAGGACGGGUAAAUGUUGUAAA